CCUCGCGAAAUUCAAGCGGCGCAGUCAAAAGUUAAAAGUCAGUUUCAGUUAUGUUUUGGAGUACGACGCGCGAGCAUUAUUGUUUCCAUUGUUAGCGAAGUUUUUAAUUGACUGAAAGAAACACAAGAAAAUAACACCUCGCUUACGUGUUAACCCUUUUUUUUGUAACUUGUGCUUAAGUCACUUAAGCAAAUACCGGAGAAAGUAAACUAGCAGUGUGUAGAUUAGAGUUUAUUGAUGAGUGAACAAAAGACACCGCCGGAGCGAAGUGUGAUAAGCGGUUGACCUGCGACCCGCACACACUGCAAGAAAAAAGGGGCAACGAGCGGAUCAAAGGUCACCGCCGUCGACGAAUGCAUUUGCAUCUCCUGGCGGCAGAGCAGACGCCUCCAUCUCCAUCUCCAAAUCCAACUCCAACUCCAUCAGCAUCUCCAUCUGGGCAUACGGGCGCUGCUGGGGAGGCGCAAUUGGACUUGGCAUCGCAAACGGAAUCGCACUUGCAGCUGGGCUUGCCGUUGGCUUCCGGAUACGGACUCGGACUCGGAUUGGGACUGGGUUUGGGAUUGGGACUGGGCCAGGAAUUGGUGGCGGACCACUGCACCACUGUGGCGCCCGUCAGCGUUGCCGGUCCCGGCCGCCUGGGUCGCAGCAUCAACGGCAGCGGCGGCAGCCACCACCACCACCACCUGCACCACCACUACGCACCGUACCACCACGCCCACCCCUACCACCCACCGCAUCCGCACGCGCCCCACCACCACCACCACCCACCGUACCCGUAUCCGCCGGCAGGACCACAUCCGCCGGCCAUGGUCACCUCGUCCUCCACAUCGCCGACGGGCAACGGCUGGAGCAGCUCCACUGGCGACUUCAAGGGCAUCACGGCGGUGGCGACGGCCACUGGCGGCGGCGCAGGUGGUGCCACCCAGGGCGCCACUGCAUCCACGGGCGCCACAGCCGCUGAGGUUUUGGCCGUUUCGAGUAGUGCCAGUGUUGGCAGCAGCUCGCCCACAGGUGGCGCCAGCAAUGGUACAGCCCACAGUGGGCAUAGUGGACACACCGGCGGUCACAGCAGUAGCACCGCCAGCAACAGCAACAACAACGGUGCCAACAAUAGCAACAAUAACAACGCCGUUCACCAGGAUCUAUUGUGGAUGGAGCGAUUGGUACAGAAGCGACAGCAGGAACAUCCCGGCGAAUUGGUGCGCACGAGCAAUCCGUACUUCCUGUGCUCCGCCCUGCCCGCCCAUUGGCGCUCCAACAAGACGCUGCCGAUGGCCUUCAAGGUCGUCGCUCUGGCGGAAGUGGGCGAUGGCACCUACGUCACCAUCCGGGCGGGAAACGACGAGAACUGCUGCGCGGAGCUGCGCAACUUCACCACCCAGAUGAAGAACGACGUGGCCAAGUUCAACGAUCUGCGUUUCGUGGGACGCAGCGGAAGAGGGAAGAGCUUCACGCUGACCAUCACGGUGGCCACGAGUCCGCCACAGGUGGCAACCUACGCCAAAGCCAUCAAGGUGACCGUCGAUGGACCGCGCGAGCCCCGCUCCAAGACAAGUCCGACGGGUGGUCCGCACUACCGAGCUCUGGGUCUGGGCCAGCGUCCCUACAUCGAUGGCUUCCCCUCGACGAAGGCGCUCCACGAGCUGGAGACGCUCCGGCGGUCCGCCAAGGUGGCAGCGGUUACGACGGCAGCGGCGGCGGCUGCCACAGCGGCAUCGGCGGCCAAUGCGGUGGCGGCGGCCGCAGCCGCUGUGGCGGUCACUCCAACGGGGGGCGGCGGCGGAGCUGGGGGCGUGGCUGGCGGAGCGGGCGCUGGACUGGUGCAGCAAUUGAGCAGCAAUUACUCAUCGCCGAAUAGUACAAUCAACUCGGACUGCCAGGUCUACAAGCCGAAUGCGCCGCACAUACAAGCAGCCGAAAUGAUGGGCGCCGGCGAAUGGACGAAUGGAUCCUCGAGUUCGGCGGCUGCCUACUACCACAGCCACGCCCACCACCCGCACGCCCACCACGCCCACCACGCCCACGCGCACCUGCAGCACCAGAUGGCCUUGCCACCGCCGCCGCCGCCCCCCGCAGCGGCACCCGUUUCGGUGGGCGUGGGCGGCAAUGGAGCCACCAUGGGCAUGGGCAUGGGAGUGGGUGUGGGCAUGGGCAUGAACCACUACGGCGGAGGCUACGACUCGGCCAACUCGCUGGAGGCGGGCCAGUAUGCCGCCCAUCUGCCGGCGGUGCUGCCCGAGAUGCAUGGCCAUGGAUUCGCCACGGAUCCCUACCAGACGGCCGGCUAUGGCGGCGGCAAUACGGGCGGAGGCAGUGCCUCCAAAUCGGAACUGGACUACGGCGGUAGCUACAAUCAGGCGUGGUCCAAUGGCUAUCAGAACUAUCAGUAUGGCAGUUGUUUGGCCACCGCCCAGUAUGGUCCUCAGGCGGCGCCGCCCCCACAGCCACCACCUCCUCCGCCGGUGGUGCUCUGCCCGCAGCUGUACUCCACGGUCAACCAGAAUCAAAUCCACCUGCAUCUGCACAGCAGCGAGAAGCUGGAGCAGUAUCUGGGCACGGCCACUAGUGCGGACCACCUCACCAUUGGAUCUCUGACGGGCAGCAGUCGUUCCAGCAUCGAAAUUGGCCAGGAUCAGUACCACCAGCAGGUGCACCACGCACAGCAGCAGCAGCAGCAACAACAGGUGCACCACCCACAGCAGCAGCAGGUGGAAUCCGCUGGCGAAGUGGGUGGCAGUGGUGCCGGCGGGGUGGAAUCCGCCAGGGAGGAAGACGUGGGCGAUCUCACGCAGGUGUGGCGACCCUAUUGACCCAAUCGGAUCAUCCAGCGGUCAGCGCCGACCGGUCUCCACCUGCACCCACAUCUGAAUCUGAAUCCGAAUCCAAAUCCGAAUCCCAGCCACCCACCGCUGCACCUGCACAUCGAACUGAACUAGGAGAGCAGCAGGAUCACCACAAGAACUGUACAAUUUUUUUUCACUUUUUUUUUGAUAGUUAAUAACGUAUGCCUAAGUAAUCCCAAAACAUCUGCAAGUUGUACAUAAAGUAAUGAAUAUGUUUAAGAGAUUAGGCGCCCUUAACUUUAAGAACUCAAAACUAAUGAAAUAAAACCCAACUCCUAUCUUAAAUUAUACUACCAUUUCAGCCUAAUUAACAUUAUACUCGAUAUUAUCAUUUGCAAAAUUAGUUUUGAGUUCAAAAGAGUUCAGCUGCAGCAUAAUGGGAAAAUCUAUAAUAAUAUAUAACACUAGAAAAAGAUGUAAGCCCGUACAAGAAACACAUUAAACGAGGUGUAAAUAAAUGAGAGCUUAAGCAUAAGAUGAAAGCAUAACAUAAUCUAAUCAGUAAUCCUAGCGUAUAGAGCACCCAAAUCCCUACAAACCACUUUUUUUUACUAGCCCUAAGUCUUGAAGGAUACUCGAUAAAGCCGCACAACUAUCUAUAAAUAUAUAAAUACGUAUGUAUACAUUUUUUUUCUGUUACUUUUUGUGUGGGAAUCUGCCAAAGGAUUCGAUGAUGAAAGUAAAAAUCUGAACGAUGAAGAGAAGACUAUAAAUAAAGUUAUCGUAUUUAUUUAAA